GUUAGUGAUUUCAGUUGAGCGGUAUGAGACGCAUGUAUUGAGUGUUGGACUUUAGUGCACAUGGAUUCAUUUCGUGAAUAACUCAAUUGCUCGAUACCAUGGAACUAAAAACGCGUUGAAAAUAUAUAUUUGAAAAAAAAAUUAAAUAAACAUGAAGUGUCGUGUAUGAUAAUCUUAGUGUAGUGUUAUAUAAUCAAAACUGAAAAAAAAAUGGUACUGGAAUCAGGGGUACUGCCCCCUCCGCUUCAAUUGUACGCCGCGGCGGCUGCCCAUCUGGCACCGCGACCUCCUUGGGCGCCUUUAUUACAAUUCCCAGGCGCCGCUCAAUUAUUGGGAAUGCACGGAGCGUUUUCGCCGUUGAAUAGACCCAGAUAUCCGCACGGACUUACACAAGUGCUAAGGGCUCCGCCUGGACCACCAAGUGAAGAUAGUGGUAGUGAAACAGUUGGAAAAGGUGGCGCAGGUAGUAGCGGCGAAGCAGAUUCCGAAAGCGCCGCUUCGAAAAGAAGAAGAAGUAGGACUAAUUUCAAUAGUUGGCAACUAGAAGAGUUGGAAAGGGCAUUCAUCGCUAGUCAUUAUCCUGAUGUAUUUAUGAGAGAAGCCCUAGCCAUGAGGCUCGAUCUAAAAGAGAGUAGGGUGGCCGUAUGGUUCCAAAACAGACGAGCUAAAUGGCGAAAGAAGGAACACACUAAAAAAGGACCCGGUCGACCGGCUCACAACGCCCACCCUCAAUCCUGUUCCGGUGAACCAAUCCCUCCAGCAGAACUGCGCGCCAGAGAACGAGCAAGACGCAGGAAAAAGCUGCAGAAAGCUCUUGAGCGACAGGCGCGCAAAUUACGCGCCAAAGGCAUAGCGGUCGAUCUCGUAGCGUUAAAAAGGGAAUAUUUAGCGCAAAGGGGCGGCGACGGGGCCGACAGUGAUAGCGAUAUAGACGUUGUUGGUGAUUCGGGGGCGGAGUCGGAGAACUGUAAUAACAGCGAAAGCGGAAGAUACUCGUCUUCGGUAUCGGAAUCAGGCGUGGAUCUAACGGCGGGUUCGCAGGAUGAUAAAAUGCGACGCGCCAAUCCGUUUAGUAUAGAUUCCUUAUUGAAUAAUAAUACUUGAAAGGAUUUCAUUGUCCACUUUGUUGUGCAAUAGUUUGUUUUUUAUUACGCGUACGAUGUUAGUGAUAUUUUUUGUUUUGUUAUUCCAUAUUUAGACUGCCGUCGAUUCAAAAUCCAUUUUGAUUCGUUGCGUUCCGUGUAAUUGUUGUUUUCUUGGUCAAAAUUCAAUAACUAACGAAUUACUACGAUCGAAUUUGUCAAAUUUGACUACCUACUAUCCUGGCGUGAUUUUAUUUUCAACAGAAUUUUCAUUCUUAAAAUUGAAGCUAUCGGAGCGGGUUUGUCCUUUGCGAAAACACAUUUUGCUUGAACCUUGUGAAGUCCUGGGAAAUGCGCUUUCAGUCAAAAGUAAUUGACGUGACGAAGGAUGUACGAGUGCCUGUUGCGCAACGUUUUUUUUUUUAUCGAAGAUGAUGCAAAGUCCGCGGAAAUUCAUCGAAAACUAUUCUCCAAAAGACUCAGGCUUAUGAAUGAUGCUCCGUUUUCCGAAAAGGACGAGAUUUAUCACCAAAUUUCACCAAGAUGGAUGCCAAUAUUGAAGUUUGUGUAGAAAUUCACACGCUGGAAAGUUUGCACGCGUCUCCUGAAGAGGAAAUCGAAAGUUUAUUGCUCCGAAUAUUCACCACAGACAAGACUUGGGUUUACCACUAUAAUCCGAGUAAACGCGCGUCUAUGUAAUGGAGGAAGAGAGAAAAAAAAGAGGCCAAAUGAUAUUGAUUUGUAUCUAGAAAAAGAUCUAAUUCUUCAAAUGCAAAAAUUACGGAAAAUUUUGAUUCGAUAGUUUCCAUUCCACCAAAAACACAGUCGAUAAAUUUGCUUCUGUAGUUUAAUCAUGAAAUGACAGUAGUGAAUGACGUUUCGUUUGACGUUUUCGUUAAUAAUAACAUUUAAAAAAAGAAGAUCUAAUUGUUUUUGAAGGAGAGAGAGAAAAAAAGAGGCCAAAUGAUAUUGAUUUGUAUCUAGAAAAAGAUCUAAUUCUUCAAAUGCAAAAAUUACGGAAAAUUUUGAUUCGAUAGUUUCCAUUCCACCAAAAA